AUGGAAGCCACAAGAACAACAAAGGAGCUGCUCAGCGCCGAGGUGUUCAAGAUGUCGCAGCCAAAGCUCCCCGAGGGGAGCAAGCAGCGCACGAUCCAGCUUACAAGACAAGAAGAGAGCAAAAUCAAGCAGCGCGUCGAGAAGGACCUCAGCGACUUCGAGCACCUAUUGUUAGCCAGCAUUGUGAGGACGUACGGUAACCUGCCCUGUCACGUCGCUGAGGAUGUGGCGCACAGAGUCACGGAGAAAUUCAAGGCCAAUUUGGGUAGGAAUUCUCUCGCCUCCGCGGCACUGAGUGACCCCCUUCUCGAAAAGCUCGAGCACGUGUUCAUUGAGAGCACGUCCCGUGACACCGCUCAUCUCAGACUUCGAGCGUACGUGGAGAGAAGCUGGAGGGAGUAUCAGUUUCACCCUAACGACUUUAAAGCACCAUAUGUGGCUAUCACGCAGAGCUCCGGCACCGGUAAGAACCGCGGGGUACAGGAACUGGCACAGGUGGCGAGCAAAGAGAAGGGAGGAUCGAUGGGAGUCCUCUAUGUGUGCACGCGUCUCAAGGAAUCGACUGGGUUUCCGAAGGCAACACCCCGGUUGCAGGAGUGGUUGUUUGAUGAAGAUCAACCGAAGGACACCUCAGUCAAAGUGCCUGAAGAAAGGCUCGCGAACCACCUCGUGACUAUCUACAUAUACGCGCAGAAGCACUGA